AUGUCGGAGCGUUUUAAAGUUACGAAGUUUGAGGAGCCUUCGGGGAAAACGUAUAAGAAUUAUGGAGCGACGUCCGCGGAGAGCGACGUGGAACUGAAGGGGAAGCUGCUUCCCGACUCAGUUUUUUUGUGUGAAGGAAAUAUCAUCAAAUUACUUCAAGUGCUGAGGUCGCAGUUGAACCUCAGCCCUACAGGGCCCCGUCCGUGGUGGUUUGUUGCCUCUGUGAGGCUCGCCCGGGACGCUACGGACCUUACGCACGGGUCUCGUUCUGGUCGGGCGGCGAGCUACCCUUACUUGCCGCAGUGA